CGCUUGGGCUCCUGCUCUGCUAUCGUUACUAUUACAUUUCGCUAUUACUGUUACAGGAGAAAAUCACCCUUCUGUCAGUCUGAGAAAUCUAUUAGGACUGCUAUUGGAUUUUAAAGCGCUUGCUCUUCAUUUAGACGUCCCGAAUACUCUACAGCCUUAGGCAAAGCGCUGACAGUACCGCAUUUUUUUUCCACUUCGAUACACUCUGGCAGGGGUGUGUUGAGUUCCUAAGCAAGUUUCUAAGAGCGCGGCAUACAUGCUUUUAGUGAGAAACCUGUCUAAGGUGUGAGAGCUGGCAGAAGCGGAAUCAUUUCAUCAUGGAUGCAUGUAAAGAGGCCAAGCGUCUGGAAGAGGCCGGUCAGUCCCACCUGCUGCGGUUCUGGGCCGAGCUGAGUGCGGAGGAACGUGUGGAGAUGACCCAGGACCUGAGGGACAUGGACUUCCAGGAGAUCAACGGCUUCUUUCAGCGCGCCAUGAAAGAGUCGGGACGGGAGAAGCAGGAGAAGGUGGACAGCAGGAUGGAGCCGGUACCCAGAGACGUGCUCGGCAGUGUCGUUUCCGACCGAGGGCUGCUCAAGGCGUGGGAGAAGGAAGGACUUUUGCAUAUUUCCCAAAGCAAAGUUGCUGUUCUUCUGCUGGCUGGAGGGCAGGGCACCCGACUGGGAGUCUCCUACCCAAAGGGAAUGUAUGACAUCGGCCUCCCGUCCCAAAAAACCCUCUUUCAGAUCCAGGCAGAGCGCAUCCUGAGGCUUCAGCAACUUGCAGAGCAGGAGCAUAAGUCAAGGUGCAGCAUACCAUGGUACAUAAUGACCAGCGGCCGAACAAUGGAGUCCACCAGAGAUUUUUUUUCCCAGCGCAAUUAUUUUGGCUUGAACAAGGAAAAUGUAAUCUUUUUUCAACAAGGAAUGCUCCCAGCCAUGGACUACAAUGGGAAGAUCAUUCUGGAAGGGAAAGGCAAAAUUUCCAUGGCGCCAGAUGGGAAUGGAGGGCUGUACAAAGCACUCAGAGCAGAGAAGAUUAUUGAUGACAUGCAGCAAAGAAGGAUUGGCUACAUCCAUGUUUACUGUGUGGACAACGUCCUGGUCAAAGUGGCAGAUCCCUCCUUCAUUGGGUUCUGCGCACAAAAAGGAGCCGACUGCGGAGCUAAGGUCGUAGAGAAGACCAACCCUACGGAGCCUGUGGGUGUGGUCUGCCAGGUGGACAGACAAUUCCAGGUGGUAGAGUACAGUGAGAUCACCCAGGCGACCGCGGAGAAGCGUGGCGCAGACAGCCGGCUGGUGUUCCACGCAGGGAACGUGGCCAACCAUUUCUUCACUCUCUCCUUCCUCAAAGAAGUUGUAAAUACCAGUGAACCUCACCUGCUGCACCACAUCGCACAGAAGAAAAUCCCAUUCAUGGAUGAGCGUGGCCAGUUAAUUCAGCCAGACAAACCCAACGGUAUUAAGAUGGAAAAAUUUGUCUUUGACAUCUUUCAGUUUGCCAAGAAGUUUGUGGUGUACGAAGUACUGAGGGAGGAUGAGUUUUCGCCCUUGAAGAACGCAGACAGCCAGGAUGGGAAGGACAACCCUACCACUGCACGGCGAGACGUCAUGUCACUGCACUGCCGCUGGAUCCUGAAUGCUGGUGGCCAGUUUGUUGACAAAUCUGGAAACCAGGUCAUUCCCAGUCCCAGUCUGGUGUCGGCGACAGGUGAAACACUCCAGUGUGAGAUCUCUCCGCUGGUCUCUUACGGGGGGGAGGUAUGUAACUGAUACAUGGCCUGGAGGACCUAGUAAAAGGCCGGAAGUUUAAUUCCCAUCACCCAAUCAUCAUUGAUGAAAAGGGGAAUCUGGCACUUCUAAAAAAUGGGUAUUGACUUUCAAUGAGGAGACAGCGGCAAAUCAUCAUUUCCAAAUGCUUUUAUCAAAAAUACUGUAAUGGAAACUGAAGAGUCUCUAUUUAUGUCUUAUUUUUCAUAUAUAUAAUCUUUUUUUAUUUAGGGGGUGAAGGAAAAAAAAAACAUUUAAUUAUCAAUUUGUAAAUAGUAUUGCAAUGUUAGGUAUUUAUUCAGCUGACAUUUUUAAUAAGAUCGAUGUAUUUAAUCAAUGUGCAAUAGAAGGACAUAUUUAAGUUUUCCGUAUAAAAAACAAAUUGUAUUAUGUAAUAUUUUUGACUUGCAAAUCUAACUGAGUAUAGAAACCUGGGAAGUAUUUGAAAAUUAAACGAAAUUUUUGCAUCA